GUGUCCCAGGCUAGCGGUGAGCAUGGCAGAACAGGAGCCCACUGCUGAGCAGCUUGCCCAGAUAGCGGCCGAGAAUGAGGAGGAUGAGCACUCCGUCAACUACAAGCCCCCAGCCCAGAAGAGCAUCCAGGAGAUCCAGGAACUGGACAAGGAUGAUGAGAGCCUUCGGAAGUACAAGGAGGCCCUGCUGGGCCGAGUGGCUGUCUCUGCAGACCCCAAUGUCCCCAACGUCAUUGUGACCCGCCUGACCUUGGUGUGCAGCUCUUCCCCGGGCCCUCUGGAACUGGACCUGACAGGUGAGUGGGUCCUGGAGUCCCUGGGUGGGGCAGCUGGCAUCCAGUCGCUGCCCCUAAAAAUACUUUUCUGCACUGGUGCCCUCUGGUGGGACAGAGGAGAAGUGCAACUAGGUGCUCUCCAAGGCUCUGCUUUGUGUCAAGGAAGGGGCUGUGGGAAGUGAGUGUGGGGGCAGGGUGGGAAGCCUCCAAGCCUUCAGCUGAACCUCCUCCCCAAAACAGGUGAUCUGGAGAGCUUCAAGAAACAGUCAUUUGUGUUGAAGGAAGGUGUGGAGUACCGGAUAAAAAUCUCUUUCCGGGUGAACAGAGAGAUUGUGUCAGGCAUGAAGUACAUCCAGCACACAUACAGGAAAGGGGUCAAAAUUGACAAGACUGACUACAUGGUCGGGAGCUACGGACCCCGGGCUGAGGAGUACGAGUUCCUCACACCCAUGGAGGAGGCCCCCAAAGGCAUGCUGGCGCGGGGCAGUUACAACAUCAAGUCCCGCUUCACAGACGACGACAAGACUGACCACCUGUCCUGGGAGUGGAACCUCACCAUCAAAAAGGAAUGGAAGGACUGAGUUCCAGCUGGGAGGCGGGCAGGGCGACGGACAGACAGAAGGACCGACAUGCCCCAUCCCAAACCCCUACCCCCGCCCCCCCAAAC